AUGUUUAAUGUUUAUCAAGCGAAAUUAGAAGAUGUAACUAAAAUAUUACCUCUUUAUUUAGGAUAUAGAAGGUUUUACAAGGUAGAUGAGUCAGCAGAGUUGGCAGAGCAAUUCCUUAGAGAUCGUAUCGGUCAGGGCGAAUCGAUCGUUUACUAUGUUGCAGAGGAAGCUGGUGGUCAACCUGUUGGUUUUGCACAGUUGUAUCCUUUGUUUUGCUCGCUUGCAAUGAAGAGAAUAUGGUUACUCUACGAUCUUUUCGUUGCACCAGAAGCCAGACAACAAGGUAUAGCAAAGCUUCUCUUGAAUCGUGCUGAUCAGCUUGGUAAAGAAACAAAUUCCGCUUUUAUCAUGUUGAGCACUGCCACCGACAACACAAAAGCACAAUCACUCUAUGAGAGUCAUGGUUAUAUUCGUGAUAAUCAAUUUUAUACUUAUAAUAAAACAUGUUAA